AUGGCAUCCAGAUUGGUUGAAGAGGAACGACAACGAAAGGUUCGAUUACCCGCAUAUCCUGGAUUGGAGCAAUACGAAAUCAUCAAGAAGCUGGGAGACGGCGCAUUCUCGAAUGUCUACAAGGCGCGCGAUAUCCGAACUGGGCGGAAAGUGGCGAUUAAGGUUGUGCGCAAACAUGAUCCCGAUAGCCAUCUCCACCCAAGUAUGAAGAAAAAGCCAAGAGCUACAGAGAGAGCAAACAUCCUCAAGGAGGUCCAAAUCAUGCACAAUGUUAAGCAUGACAAUAUUGUUCAGUUGAUACAGUUCACUGAAUCCAAGGAGCACUACUACCUUGUCCUUGAGCUCUGUGAAGGCGGCGAACUAUUCCACCGUAUUGUUAAACUGACGUAUUUCAGCGAAGCCCUUGCACGUCACGUCAUUACGCAGGUAGCACAUGCUGUUCGCCAUCUCCAUGAAUGCGGUGUCGUCCACCGCGAUAUCAAACCAGAAAACAUCUUGUUCGAUCCAAUUGCGUACAUUCCAUCCUCGCCACACCGUCGAGCCGGACAUGGUUUCGAUGAAAACAAGGAAGACGAAGGAGUUUUUGUCAGAAAUGUUGGUGGAGGAGGCAUCGGCAACGUUAAACUUGCCGACUUUGGACUGUCCAAGGUGAUCUACAAUUCAUCAACUUGGACGCCCUGCGGAACGGUCGGAUACACAGCACCCGAGAUCGUGCGCGAUCAGCGUUAUUCGAAGGCGGUGGACAUGUGGGCCCUUGGCUGUGUACUGUACACCAUGCUGUGUGGCUUCCCGCCAUUCUAUGACGAAUCGAUCCAUGCACUGACCGACAAAGUUGCCCACGGACAAUAUGCCUUCUUAAGCCCAUGGUGGGAUCCCAUUUCCGAUGCUGCCAAGGAUCUGAUCACUCGACUUUUGUGUAUCGAUCCCAACGAGCGCUAUACGAUUGAACAGUUUUUGGAACACCCAUGGGUUACCGAGAAACCACUCAAACCUAGCAAUAUGCCUGGAAACGGUCGCUCGUCAACCGAGUUUUCUUUCCAGAGCCGGGUUUCUGCGGCAACUUCCAAUUCCACAGUCAGUGACUUUGACUCGCCCCAGUCAACUGGAAGGCGGAAGGAUGCGUUUUCACCAGGCGUGCCAUCCAUCAAGGAAAUACUUGACAUUACGUAUGCAGUGCAGCGCAUGGGCGAAGAGAGAACUUGGAGAGGUACUUCACGCGGUGGUAAUGGUAGCAGCAACACUAUCCCCAACAACUAUCCUGGUGCAUUUGAUGAAGGCGAAGAAGACGAUGAUGAUGCAUUACUUGCUGAAAAUGCAGAAAGGCUUAUUGCCAUGAAUAAGGGAAUGCAACGAUCCAACCCCAUGACUGAGCAGCAGCCCAUACGGCAACCACCAUCCCAACAGCAGCAGCAGAAGCAGAAGCAGCAGAAGCAACAACAACAACAACAACAGAGGCAGCGCAUGAAGGAUCAAGUCAAGCGUCAUAAGCCCGCUGCAUUUGAGCUCAACAUGGACAACGCUACAAUCCUCAAGAACAGGCGCCAUCCACACCCACCUGGCCCAGCAGUCGCUUGUUGA